AUGGACAAAGGUGAACCCUCUUUAGUUCCGGAAUGGUUGAGAAAUUCAGGGCAUGCUUCUGGUGGUGGGAGUUCAAACCACCUCCUUGUAUCAUCUUCGUCUCAUUCAGAUUCUGCAUCUUUACAACAUAAUAGCAGGAAUAGGAAUUCUAGGAGCAAAAGUGAUGUUGAUUCAAUUCAUUCUCCGUUUCUGGAUCGAUCUUCUUCUACUAAUUCAAGGAGGGGCGCUAGUAAUGGGUCUGCAAAACAUCCAUAUAGUAGUUUCAACUUCAAUAAGAGUCAAAGGGAUAAGGACCGCAGCAGGGAUAAAGAUAGGGUAAGCUAUGUGGAUCCAUGGGACCUUGACACUUCUAUCCCGCUCAGAAGUAUCUUAACUGGUAAGGAUCAUGAUCAAUUGAGACGAUCACAUUCAAUGGUUACAAGGAAACAGGGUGACCACCUGUCUCGAGGAUUUACAGUCGGCUUGAAAAAUGGUGGCAAUAGUAAUAGUUACAAUGGAAAUGGUAUACUUCCUGGACCUAGCAUUAGCAAUAGCUUUCAGAGAACUGGGUUUGAUAAGGAUUUUCCUUCGCUUGGAGCUGACGAGAAGCAUGGUGGGCAUGAUGUUGUACGAGUCUCAUCUCCAGGUCUAAGUUCAGCUGUUCAGAGCUUGCCAGUUGGUAGCUCAGCUUUGAUUGGUGGGGAAGGUUGGACGUCAGCUCUGGCAGAGGUUCCCAAUGUCAUCGAGAAGGCCUGUGCUGGGUCAUUAACUUCUCCACGAGCUAAUGUUGUUAGCACGGGAACGUUAACUGGACAAACUGGUCUUAACAUGGCAGAAGCAUUGGUUCAGGCUCCAGCAAGAACUCAUACCCCUCCCCAAGGAUCUGUGAAGACACAAAGACUUGAGGACUUGGCUAUCAAGCAGUCAAGGCAGUUGAUACCGGUUGUGCCUACAGCAUCAAAGUGCUCGAGUCUUAACCCCUCGGAUAAAUCCAAGAUCAAGCAAGGGGUUCGAACUGGUGAAACUUGUCUUGCUCCCUCAAGAAAUGCCCAACACCAGCCCUCUGCCCUGCUCGGGAAUUUCCAGUCUAAUCCUAGUGGUCAAAUAAAACCUGAGAAGAAGCUGUUGGUUCUCAAACCUGCUAGGGAAAACGGUGUCGCUGCUGUUAAAGAAUCAGGAAGUCCUAGUGGUAACACCAACAAUCGAACCAUCUCUGGCCAGCUGAUGACCAUUGCUCAAUCAACGCAAUCUGCUCCUGUGAGAAGUACAAACAGCCCAAAGGAGCUCAAGGGAUCUACUACCUUAACCAUGAUAUCUGGCCAAACCAUUGAAAAGAAAUCUUCCUCAGCUCAAUCUCAGAGCAGGAAUGCAUUUUACAGUGCUCUGAAGCAGAAAACAACAUCAACAAACAAUCCGGUUAACUCUACAACCUGCAUCUCGUCUUCUGUUGAGGAAAAGGUCGACAACAGCUCAAAGGAGCUUGUAGCUAGUGACCCUUCAAGUCCACAGGCAACGAGCGGUCCAGAAGCGACUGAAAGGAUCCAGAUAACCUCUCAAGUUUCAGAAAGAAACACUGGUGGCUUUGAAGCAGCUGAUAUUCCAGAUGAGAAAGAAGCUGAGUUCCUUAGAUCGCUCGGCUGGGAUGAAAACAAUGGCGAAGACGAAGCUCUUACAGAGGAGGAGAUAAAAGCCUUUGUUGAACAGUACAAGAAGCUAAGACCGUCACUUCCACAGAAGCUAUCCAUCAUACAAGAGACAAGAGAAGACCUAGCCUAA